AUGGAUGAGUAUUGGGCGCUUCCAAUGCUUCACGAAUCGGAAGAUCCAUUGAAUCCGAAUGUGAUAUUCGUCGUCGAAGGCGUCCAAUUGAUGUUUUGGUGUAUUACGGUGCCAUUUUACACAAUUCUCGUCGUGUUUCUCGUCGACGCUCAAAAACGACGACACGCCGGAUUGAAUACGCCGUUUUUCAAAUUGUGCAUCAGCACAGCAAUUAUUGAUUUGGUAACAAUGAUGAACAAUUAUUUUGGAGCAAUGUUCCCCAAAUGGGGUUAUUUCGUGCUGUUUUACGUUCGCGCCGGCCGAAUUUAUGGUCAUACUUAUAUGUAUCUCGCAUGGGUUUCAGUGGGAUGCCAGGCGAUGUGCGUCUCAGUUCUCGCUGCCAAUCGAUUUUCAGCUAUUGUAUUUCCAAGGCAGUAUCCAAAUAUGUUCUGGUAUCGGCGUAUAUGGAUUCCAAUAGCCAUUCAAUAUGUGCCAGGAAGCCUUCUCGGCAUUUUGACGUUCUUCAAUCCGGUCCGCCUCACGCGAAACUCGCUGAACGGAAUUGUGCCCAAAUUCACCGUAUUAUCACUGACUAAUUUAUUUUAUGCGAUCGGCGCUGCCGUCAUCACCCUAAACUGCCUAUUCCUAUUCGUCAUUUAUUUGUAUUUAUUCAAGAGUUUGAGAGCAAGAAAGAAAAAGCAGAUUUUUUCGGCGCAAUUAUUUGCAAGAAAUACAACGUCGAAAGGUGAUACCAAUUUAUUGGUUAUGUGUUCCAUAAUUGUGGGGGUCCAACUAAUUAUCUUAUUAAUUACCAUAUACAGUUUGUCGCCACUUUAUACGCUAUCUACCGAUCAAUAUUAUUUAAUUCAUAAUUUGUUGAGUGAUAUUUAUUCUGGAAUCAAUCCAUAUUUGUUAUGUGUCUUCUCGCCAACUCUGAGAAAAUAUAUCCUAUUGCGAAUUGGAAAACGAACGAAGACAACCUUUGUGGUGGCUGUUUCGGUGGCGGUCUACUAG